AACAUACCUGUAGAAAAUUCAAGUUUCAAUUUACAUUUCUUGCUCAUCGAAUUUGAUUGUAUUUUAAUCUUUUAAAUAAUCUACGAUCAUGGCAACUAUAGAACAAAUAGAAAAUUUUAGAUAUAUUAGAGGUAGAAAUAUCAUGUCAGUCUGUGUAUGUGGAAAACGUCAAGCGUGGACAGACUAUUACGGAGGUCCUGCCUGCAAAAAUUGCAUAGAGUUUUUCAUAAGCAGUAUUAGAGAGAGACAAGAUUACGUUUGUGAUAAUAUGAAUGGUUUAUGUAAUACGGACGUGAAUCCAGAUGGAUUUGGAUGUAAAUAUUGUCAUUUAGAAAUGUUGUAUAAAAAGGCUGAAUUAAAACCUAAAAUGUAUGGAAGAUACGAAGAUCGAUGGUAUACGAAAGAUGUGAUUCCUCAUUUACGUAGAACAGUAGUAAGCGAGAGUGAUAUUACGUUGAAUGAUAUUAAUUAUGAAGUAAACAUAAUGCGUGAUUUCGCAUCAUAUUAUUUAAGAUGGUCGCUAGAAACACAUCUAACAAGAAUUGAAGAAAUUCGGGGAAUGUUCUUCAGAGUUACAGCCAUGGAAAUGAUUCUUAACUCCUUACAUUGUCACGACGUCUUGAAGAGUGAUUGUAGGUUUAUUGAUCCCUAUAAAAUGAAAGGUUUACGCUUUCAAAAUUAUCUAAUUGAAGUACUAGAAACGACUCGUAGAUUUUUAGAAAUUGUGGAAGUUGACUACCCAACUANACAUACUUAUACAUUUUUUAACAUUAAUGACUUGCACGGCUGUUGUUAA